UGGUUAUGAUACACGUCUUCCUCACCAUGUCUUAUAUAUCUCACUGGGAAUACCGUGUGACUCUCCCAUUCAUGCCCACGAACACCGAUUUUGGGCCUGUGGUACUGAGCGCUUCACUAAAAGCAUUUUACACGCUCUACACAGCUGUCUUGGUCUUCCUUACUCAACGGCUUGCAAUGUCAAGGGCACUUGUGCGCCGUCUGAAAUUGACCUCAAUCCACGACAUCUCCGGCGCAUGGACAGGUCUUGGCUCCGCACUCAAUACCGCCUGGAAACAAACUGGUGUCCCUGCAUCGCUGUGGGCGACUACUGCUGUGACGACCUACCUUGUAUGCAUUUCUGUGCUGCACGUCGCCUCUUCCACUCUCCUACAAUUUCAAACAUUUAAUUCUUCUGUGACAACUCAUGUAUCAACAACACUGGGAUGGGUAGAUCCAUUCACCUCCAGCGUUAACUGGUAUACCGAGAACUGGGGAGCUAUCACCGCAUCCUUACCGGCUAUCAGUCAAUUUCCUGCACUUGUCUCUAUAGGUUUAUCCAAUAAUACAGUCUACGACACCUCGGGAACAAACUCUAUAGUCGGACAUGCAAUGGUGAAUGCGACGACGAUAACCUCGAGCUGCGCAUUGCUUCCAAAUGCCACAUACAGUGACAGCACAGCAAGCUUUCCAUUGCCAAAUGGAAAUCUUGCCCUGAUGAAUACAAACCCUCCCUGGACAGACCAGAUACAAGUUCUUCAGCCGUUUUAUAGCGGUGAGAUCAAUGACGCGGACGCUGACACACUGCCUUCUGUCGUGCUAAUGGUCUCUACCUUGCUGGAGAUCGAGCCUUCAUUACGAAAGGAGGUUGCGGUACCAAUGACUUGGGAAACUCCGUCUUCGAACUACUCUAUUGAAGUCUAUUUUAUGCAAUGCUUGCUGUUAACCAACAAUACCACAGUAGCGAUCGAUGUGCAAACCAACGCUCUACAGAAUCCGAUGCCCAUCUCGCAGCCAUCCACACAAUGGGAGGAAAUAUAUCAGUGGCCAUCUACCCAGUGGUCAUUAUCUAUUAGCCAGAUUUUGUCUACUUCAAGCGGUAGCGGGUAUCAAUUUUUGGAAUUAAAUGAACAUCUCAGUGAACCCACAAUUGUGGAUGAGUAUAUCAUGUCAUUGGUAGGAUUGAAUCUCACAGCUCAAUAUCUCCAAUGGGAAAACGGUGAAUCUCCCGUUUCUAAUUUCACCCUGAGCCCGGAUAAACUAGAAGCUGCUAUUGCGCAAGCGGUUGCACAAAUCACUUGGAUGGCAAGCCGAAUGGGGUCCAAUGGAGGAAUUCCACCUGGCGAGGGGAUGGCCCUUGUCGACGAGGAGGUGAUUGCCCUACGACUCAAUAUCACCCUUAUCUCUCUGUUGUUUGCUACCUCUGCGUCAGUGAUCAUGUUGGGAUUGGCUCUACACAUGACAAGAGCAUUCGAUGCAUCCCACAACAGCCAGGCUGCCAUCUAAAAUACAGGCGCACUGCCGUUGCUGUGGUUGGGUCAUCAUUCACCAUCCGUCCACGAAGCUUUGGAAGAUGUGGAGCAUCCGACGGAGGACAACUUGCGUCGUGCAGGCAUGAUAGAUGUUUGCUUUGCGAGGACGACAUCCGACGAAGAAGAGCUGCCAAUGAGGAGCUCGACUGAUAGUCUCUCUGUCCAGGGAGUUGACCACGGCCGUGAAAAUGGGAUGUAAUAUUGAGAUCGUUGACACAGUAGGAAUUGUAAC